AUGUCUACGAACUUACGCGAGAACAUCGAAAUCGAAACUCAUGAUGGUUUCACCCUGAGGGAGCGCUUCCAAGCUGCUGGGUUUGCUGCUAUCGUAUUCGACCACAGAAACUGGGGAGAGAGCGACGGGCUACCCCGCCACCAUACCGAUCAUUACCAACAGACACAAGACCUCCAUGAUGUUGUAUACUACGCUUCGAUUCGUCCAGGCGUAGACCAGAAUCGUAUCGCACUAUGGGGCUCUAGCUUCUCCGGCGGCAUCGUUAUGGCCGUGGGCGCAGUUGACCCGCGUGUCCAAGUGGUCAUUACUCAGGUGCCCUUCGUCUCGGGUCACGCUACACGAAGACGUAUGGCUCCUGAUGUUCUCACUAAAAUCUUUUCCGACCGCGGACAGACAUCUUUCCACAAGCCAUCCUAUGUUCCCACAUUCCCGGAAUCAUUGGAUCAGGCUCAGAAAGAUCCAGAUGCCGCUGUGCUUGGAACGGAAGAAAGCUGGUAUUACUCCCAGACAGUAAAAGCUUUUGGUCAGAAAAAGGAGAACAAGAUAACGCUACAAAGUCUGUUUCACGCUAUUCGGGCGGAGCCAAGCGUGUAUGCUACUCAGCUUUCGCCAAAGCCAUUCUUCAUGGCAGUGGGCCUUGCGGACUCCUUGAUUGAUCCAAAGGUGCAGUUGGAUGUGUUUGAGAUGGCCAAAGAGCCUAAAGAACUUCUCAAGAUGGAUUGUGGCCAUUUUGAUGUAUAUCAAGGUGGCCACUUUGAGGAGAACAUCUCUCACCAGAUUGAAUUUCUGAGGAAGAAUCUUUAG